UUGAGUUGCAGUGACGUCACAUGUGAUGGACGCGAGUGACGCUUACGUAGGACGUUACUGGCAAAAUAAGAAGAGAAGCGAACAUGGCUGCCCGGAGAGAUCCCAGCAGUGAUGAUGAGUCAUAUGAAGUUUUGGAUAUAACAGAAUAUGCUAGGCGUCAUCAUUGGUGGAGCAGGCUUUUUGGACGAAACUCUGGGCCACUAACAGAGAAAUAUUCUGUUGCUACGCAGAUUGUCAUGGGUGGAGUGACUGGCUGGUGUGCAGGGUUUCUCUUUCAAAAAGUAGGGAAGCUGGCUGCAACGGCCGUAGGCGGUGGAUUUCUUCUGCUUCAGAUUGCCAGUCAUGGUGGCUAUGUACAGAUAGAUUGGAAGAGAGUUGAAAAAGAUGUUAACAAGGCAAAAAGGAAGAUAAAAAAGCAGGCUAAUAAAUCAGCACCUGAAAUUAACACCUUAAUUGAAGAGGUAAAAAGAAAUUCUACAGAUUUUAUCAAGCAGAACAUCGUUGUGUCUGGUGGAUUUGUUGGAGGUUUCUUAUUAGGUCUUGCCUCUUAAAGAGCAAUGUCAUGGAAACAGCAAGAACUAUGACAAAGACUCAGAAAUUUGUUUGUAAGAAAAAGUAUCGUCAGACACACCACUGAAGUAAAAAUGGGAAAUGCUGAUCCGUUAAUAAAGACACAUUUUUGUUUUAUUUUUCUAAGUGGGUUCUCCUGUAGAUGCUUAACAAAGUCUAGAGUGCUUGCAAAGUCUGUGCCUACAUUAAAUGGCUGACUUUUGGCUACUUGAGAUAUGAACGUUUAUUCCUUGCACUGCUGUUCCUAUAAUGACAUCAAAUUCAGCGUGGGUUACAGUUUUUUUUCCCAUAUUGUUUAUGAUGCCUGGCAACCUUGCUAGAUUCCUUAAUAUUCAUGUUAGAUCAUAAAUAUUUACUUUUUAUAUUUAUUAAAUAUGUGGGGUUUGUUUUCCUCCUAACCAGUGCCAAAGCUAUGUACUGUAUUUGGCAAUCAAAGCCCUAUUGAAGAAUGUUAUUAAAAAUAAAAAAUUAAAACAC